AUGCCACAAGACUCUACUUCCACCAGUAAAGUGCUCGAUGCUCAAGAACCAGUUCAAGAAGCACCCAAACAGUUGCCUGAACUAACCCUCAAGAACGUUUGUUUGGACAUAGUCCAUGGAAUCCACUUGCUUCUCAAUGAUCCAUUUCUAUUGGUAUUUUGGUCCUUUCUCAUCUUUAUUAUCGAAUUGAUCGCUGGCAAACUCAUCAUCUUCAGAGUUCCCUACACUGAAAUCGACUUUUCAACGUAUCUACAACAGGUGCAACUUUUCAAUAAGGGCGAAUUGGACUAUGAGAAAAUAGUUGGUGAAACUGGUCCUCUAGUCUAUCCUGCUGGCCAUUUAUGGAUCUUUAAAGUCUUGAAUAACAUUUACGAAGAAGACCAUAAUUUGGAAUUUAUCCAGUUGACUUAUGCUUGGUUGCUAAACCUCACCUUGAUAAACUAUUUAAUCUCUUACAACUGUUUCAACAACUCAUUAAGAAAACCUUGGUUUAUCGUUUUUUUAAUUCUUAGCAAGAGAAUCCAAUCCAUUUAUCUACUAAGAUUAUUUAAUGACUGUUGGGCUGCUUAUUUCAUAAGUUUCUUGUUUGUUGGCUUACAAUUGACUUCUCUUAUUAAACAAAAAUUCAAUUCUUCGACUCAUUUAAUAUCUCUUCUCAUGUUUGUCAAUUCAAUCACCUAUUCCCUUGCCAUCUCAAUUAAAAUGAAUUCUCUAUUAUACCUCCCAGCUUUUCUUUUGAUAUCUUUUUACUUGAACAAUGGCAACUUUUUUAAAACUGUUUUAAAUUUACUCACAAUAAUCGGCUCUCAAUACUUGAUAGCCUACCCUUUUUUCAAUAAUGGUGACCAAAUCAAAUCGAACUACCUUCACAAUGCCUUUAAUUUUAAAAGACACUUUUUGCACAAUUGGUCAAUUAAUUGGAGAUUUUUACCUGAGUUCUUAUUCCAAGACUCAAGAUUCCAUUUCUUCUUAUUAUUCUCUCAUUUACUAGUAUUAUCCUUCUUUCUCUUUUCAGUUUUUCUCCCUCUUUUAAACAACAAACUUUCAAUCACAAAAAACCUCAAUUUAAAACAAAAUCUAUCUCACAAUAUUAACCAAUUUCUAAACCUAUUGUUAACCACUCUAAAAAAACCUUUUAAUGAUAAUAUCCAACUAAAUAAUAACAUCCUCAACUAUCAAGAUGGUCCUCAAACUAUAUUCGCUAUUCUAUCAAUCACUAAUCUAAUAGGCGUAGCCUUUUCAAGAUCUUUACAUUACCAAUUUUUAACUUGGUAUUUCUUCCAUUUGCCCUUUUUAAUCAAUUUAAGUAAUACUAAUGUUUUCUUAAUAAUAAUAGGUUGGCUACUUCAUGAAAAUUGCUGGUUAAAUCACCCAGUUGCUUGGAAAAGUGUUGUUUUUAACGUCUUAAUUUUUGGUUUACUAUUAAGAAUCUGGUUUCAAUUGAAUAAACAUUCCAAUUCCAAUUCCAAUUCCAAUUCCAAUUCUACCCAAAGUGGCGAACAAAAUAAGACAGAUGAAAAAAAUAAAAAGAUUAAAUAG